UUCGCUCCGUUGUGUCCUCUCCUCACUUGUAGAAAUUAUAAAUUUCCUCGGCGAAUAAGAAAAUGAUUGCGGCAUCUUGUAGUAAAAAGUGUUAUAUGUCUUGAUUUAUACCGUCGAUGCUGCUGUGAUCUUAACGGAUAAUUAUUACAAAAGAUAACAUUUAUAAACAAAAUGGAAGGUGAUGCAGCGGAGUCCGCAAAUGCGAAAUCUUAUUCGGGAAUUCCUGAAGCUGUAUUUGUAGAUAAUGUUGAUGAGUUCAUGAGUUUACCAGAAAACUCUGAAGGAGUAGAUAAAGUAUUACGGAAACUCGACGAACAGCAUGGCAAGUACAAGUUUAUGGAAUACACCCUAGCAACCAAAAGGAGGCGCUUGAGGCAACAAAUCCCUGACCUAGCUAGAUCACUUGAAAUGAUAGAGAAAUUGAAAGCACAGAAAGAAGACAUGGAUACUCAAUUUUUAUUAAGUGACCAAGUUUUUGUUAAGGCUAAUGUACCACCAACUGAGAAGGUAUAUCUCUGGCUUGGAGCUAAUGUGAUGCUGGAGUACUCUUUAGAAGGUGCAGAGAAGUUACUCUCUUCUAACAUGGCCACUGCUAAAAAGAACUUGGCUUGUGUAGAACAUGAUUUGGACUUCUUACGUGAUCAAUGGACAACUACUGAAGUGAAUAUGGCAAGAGUGUACAACUGGGAUGUGAAAAAACGUCAGGCUGCUAAAGCUAGCUCAUAAACUAUACUAACCAUCACUAUAGCAAUUAUUGGAAAGAAGAUAGAUUUAGUCAUAAUAUUUUAUAUGAACUAAUGGAACAAAGUAUCUUUGGCAAGUUAUUAUACUAUGAUUAUUUAAUAUUACCAUGUGUUUUCAUGUCACAAGUUGCCAGAAGAGAUUGCAUUUAAGGGUAUUUUUCUGCACUAAGUGCAAUUACAGAUUUUGCUAGAAUAUGUAUUUAUUCAGCUUCACAUUGAAUAAAUAAACUUUCAAAUGUUCCAGUAACUAUCCAAUUCUGAUACAAUGUUUGAUGUGUUCUAAACUAACAAGUUUUGUUUUUUCCAUAAUGAACUAUGAUGAUACUCUGGUGCUUUUAUUAACUUACUGAAUUUAGUUAUACUAUCCAUUUUCAAAUGUUUGUACUGUGUACAUGAUGUUUAAAGGUAUGUCAACUUUUUACUCUGAGAACCCACUCCAGUUGGCCAGUUCAAUAAAUGUUACUAAAUAUUGCAAAUUUGCAUACAUAUAAUUUUAUUUACAAUACAAAUGUUGUGUUCUUUUCUGUUGUUCACAGGAUUCUAUAAUAAAUGCUUGCUUUUA